ACAACUUCCGUAUACGUCUCGGGUGACCAAAAGCACGACACUAAAGAACUCAACUGAAUUUGCACCGAACUUACGGAAGCCUCGACAUAGUAUGCCCAUCACUACCUACCUGGAGUAAAAUAACAUGAAUUAAAUCUUCGUCUUGGAAAAAAACGUUCCACGUUGCGCGUUAACGCUUUUCUCACUAGCUUAGCUGUACUUGCUAACCGCUAACAAAGAGUCGCGCAUAUCGUCGAUUUAUCGCGAAGCAGAGCUCAAGUGCGACUGUAAAGCGUUGUGAUUAUCGUUGGAAAAUGUGUGCAGAAAUUGUGAAAAAAGAGUACGAAGAGGAACGCUGUGGAACAAAAGAGGAGAACGAGCGUCAACGACUGGAUGCCGUUUUGAAGAAGCCUCAAGAUGUGUUACGCGGAGCAGACACCAGUGAAGAAGAUCUUCAUCUAGAGAUGCAGGAGCCAGAGUUCUCUUCCGUUAAAGAGGAGGAGGAGGAGGAGGAUGGACCCUCCCACAUCAAAAAGGAAGAGGUGCCAGAGCCACGCCAAAUUAAAGAGGAAGAGGAGCCACAGUGUCCUCACACGAAAGAGGGGACCAAACAUGUGAAAGAGGAAGAGGAGCCAGACCCCCCUCAUAUUAAAGAGGAAGACCUGGAGUUAGAUAUUACAGAGUUCCCAUCCACAGUCAUUGUGAAGUGUGAAGAUGAUGACGACGACGACGAUGGAGAAGGUGAUCGAGAAGACUGUGGAGGAUACCAACAAGACGGCCUCUUGGCUCCGCUGUCACACUGUCCUGACACUGGCCAUUGCACUGAUGAACACGCAGGAGGUCAUGUGACAGGUCACACUGAUAACCAACACGUGAAAUGCUCUCAAUGCAACAAAACCUUUUUCAACAAGUCCGCGUUGCGACGACACACCAGAACGCACAAUCGAGACAAGUCUUUUGCCUGCUCAGUUUGUGGCAAAAGAUUUACUCAUAAGGGACAUUUGAACAUCCACAUGCGGAUGCACACGAAAGAGAAGCCUUUUUCCUGCUCACUUUGUGGCCUGAAAGUGACUCAUAAGAGUACCUUAACGUAUCACAUGACAAUUCACACCGGAGAGAAACCUUUUGUCUGCUCGGUCUGCAACUUAAGUUUCGGAAGACGUUCGUAUUUGAUCAAACACACACGAAUACACACUGGGGAGAAACCCUUUUCCUGUUCAGUUUGUGAUAAAAGAUUCUGUAUCAAGGCAGAUUUAAAAAAACACACACGCACACACACUGGCGAAAAACCCUUUGCCUGUACAGUUUGUGGUAAAAGUUUCUCCUUAAAGGGGAGUUUAAGAACACACACACGGACACACACUGGGGAGAAGCCAUUUGUCUGCUCAGUUUGUGGUAAAAGUUUCACUGUGAGAACGUGUUUAAUAAGGCACACCCGGACGCAUGAUGGGGAGAAACCUUUUGCCUGUUCAAUUUGUGGUAAACGAUUCCACGUGAAGACAUGUUUGACAAGGCACACACGAACGCACACCGGUGAGAAACCUUUUGCUUGCGCGGUCUGCGGCUUAACCUUCAUUGAUCGCACAGGAUUGGUUCGACACACGAGAACACACACUGGGGAGAAACUGUUUUCAUGCUCUGUUUGUGGUAAAAAGUUCACGCAAAGGUGCAUAUUGGAGAAACACAUGAGAAUACACACUGGUGAAAAACCAUUCAGUUGUAGCCUGUGUGAUAAGAGAUUCACUCGUAAGGAUCGCGUUAAGAGACACAAGUGCGCCGGUCAGAAUAGCAGUGGGAAAUGAAGCUUUGCAAAAAAAUCUCAAGGAACUUUCACUUUGAGCCGAGAUGGAAACACGUACACGUGAUCCUAUGCAAAGUACGGAUCUUGAAGCAGCUUAUGUUUCCUUUUCUAACUACCUUCUUGCCAUGGGUGCUGCAAGGCCUAGGAGAGAGAGAGUGGGAGGAGCUUGAGAGGGUGGCCACAUUAUGCUCGGGGAAGCUCCGCAGUAGGAAAAGAUUACACGUAACGACUGCUUCAGAAUACUUUGGUGGUCUUGAGAUUUUUUUUUUUUUUUAACCCAGUAUCGAUUCAUGAUGCCAUGUGCCUGACUGAGAAAGCAGCCCCAUUUGGUGCAUUAUCUUUGUACACUGCACAGGCAAUUUUGAUGGUACCCUUUUGUUUAAAAUAAA